ACCAAAGAUACACUAAAUGUGUAAUUUUACAUUAUCUUGUAAAGGUGUUAGACACGUGAUUUUCAUUUCCUUGGGCUGCGCAUCACGCACUUCAACACAAUCCUAAAGAAGAAAACGAUCCCAUAUUCCAAAACAAACAAAAUAACCAGAUCAAAGUAGCAAUUGAACCGGACAAAAUCGAAACGGUUCGAACAUGUCAUCGCAGAAGCUGAUACUCGUCAACCGCGAACCAAAAGGAAUCGCGGUGGUGACUAUUAACCGUCCUGAUUCUCUUAACUCGCUAACUCGUGCAAUGAACGUGGACCUGGCUCAAGCUUUUAAGAGUCUAGACCGGGACGAAUCGGUUCGGGUGAUUAUAUUAACCGGAACUGGUAGAUCGUUCUGUUCUGGCGUUGACCUCACGGCAGCGGAGGAUGUUUUCAAGGGUGAUGUGAAGGAUCCGGAAAGUGACCCGGUUGUGCAAAUGGAGCGGUGUCAUAAACCGAUAAUUGGAGCGAUUAAAGGAUUUGCUGUUACCGCUGGAUUUGAGAUUGCACUUGCUUGUGAUAUUUUGGUUGCUGCUAAAGGCGCCAAAUUCAUGGAUACUCACGCUAGAUUUGGGAUAUUUCCUUCAUGGGGAUUGUCUCAGAAGCUUUCACGCAUUAUAGGAGUAAAUAAAGCCCGUGAGGUAUCACUUACGGCCACGCCUUUGACUGCAGAGGUAGCUGAAAAGUUGGGUUUGGUGAACCAUCUUGUUGAAGAUGGUGAACUGAUGAAGAAAAGCAGAGAAAUUGCGGAAGCCAUUGCGAAAAAUAGUCAAGACAUGGUUUUGAGGUACAAGUCAGUGAUAAAUGAUGGCAUCAAGCUGGAUCUUGGCCGUGCUCUUUCCCUCGAAAAGGAGAGGGGCCAUGCCUAUUAUAAUGGAAUGACGAAGGAGCAAUUCAAGAAAAUGCAGGAAUUCAUAGCAGGAAGAAGUUCCAAGAAACAGUCCAAACUAUAGGUCUUUUAUUCGCACCAAUCUCUGAAACUGUAAAGAUACGUGUUUUGUUUCUCAGAGUUGAGGUUUUAUGAGUUAGUACUCGUAAAAAUCAGCAGACAAUGUUUAUCAUAUAGAAAUGUAUCCCCCCUAAUAAAAGUUCCUUAUUAUCAAAUUAAAUGUUCUGUUAUUAGUUUCAUGUUAUGAAUUUUUAUUGGUUCAUAUGUGUUUUUAA